ACAAAACUUUGGUCGCCGUUGAAAAGGCAAUUUUUCGCAGAUAUUUUUUUCAUAUUUCAAGUAUUUAUCUGCUUUGAAACUACAAAAAGCGUGAUCCGGAGUUUUCAAUUAUACUUAUAGUACAAAAAGUGAAUCAAUUCGCAACUUGAAUAACAAACAAUUCAACGCUCAAAAAAGCACUAAUUUUGCGGUAUGGACAGAGAAAUGGGAACGCCACGAAAAGAUGCAGAAUCACUGAUGGAACAAACACGGGCUACAAAGUCUGGCCGAAAAGUGAAGCGCCCGGCUCAUUUUGACGAUUCGCCCGAAACAAAAAAAGUUGGUUCAGUUUCAUCGAUGAGAGCUCUUGUACAAGAUACUGAAUCGCCCAAAAUAAAACCUCAGGCGGAGUUAGCAAAAAAAUCUGCUCGGAAAACAAUUCUUAAGAGCUGUGACGAUACUCCCAGCAAGAAUGGUGUUUCGGAACCUGAAGCAUUGAAAAAGUCCGCCCGGAAGACGCUACUGGUUGAAGAACAGGAAGCGGUUAAAAAAUCUGCUCGCAAAACCAUAAUAAAGCAAGCGGAAGCUACACCUACUAAGGAAAAAGCACCAGAACUGGAAGUGAACAAAAAAUCGGCCAAAAAGGCGGUGCUCAAAUCGGCCGGUAAAACCGUUUCGGUUGAGCAAGAAGAAGGAACACCGCGAAAGAAGCCUGAGCCAGAACCGAAAGAAGAAAAAACACUUGUAAAUCAAAAUGUAUUGGCUGAAGCUGCUACGCUUGAGGCUGGAAUGUCACGAACCGGACGUAAAAUCAAAGUUCCAGCUCACCUGAAGGAAUUCGAAGAAGUUGUGGUGGCCAGCCCAAAAAAGGAAGCGACAGAAAAGUUCAUUUCGCGAAAAUCAAUGACUCCAAUGCCCAAAAAGGCUGCGACCGAUCCGAUCGAAGAAACAACUGUUUCAAAGACACCAGGACGAGGAAAAUCGUUGGUAUUCAGAGCCAAAGAGCCCCGUGAUGAACCGGAAGAAUCAAAGAAGAUACAAGCUGCUCCCAAAACUCCGGGAAAAGGAAAACCAUUAGGUGUUUCGCGCAAGGAAGCUGAAGUUGGGUCGAACGAGCAAAUAGUGCCUUCGAAAACACCGGUAAGGGGAAAGUCACUGGUGACACUUACGAAAGUGUCUUCAGUUGAUUCUGAUGAGGAGCAAGCUUCUUCUAAGAUUGCUAAAACACCAGGAAAAGGAAAGUUGCUGUCCGUAUCUCUAGUAAAUCUAGAUCGGGAGCAAGAGAAGGCCUCUUCUCCAGUACAGUCCAAACGGGUAAUUAAGAUCCAACCCACUGCGAAACGUGAGGACGAUAACAAAGUUAACUCCCCUAAAGUUAGAGAAGCAGAAACUGCCUUCAAAAACACGCCGAAGAAAACCGAGGCCAUUGCACAAGAAACGGACAAAAUGAAGCGUGGUAAAUCGUUAGCACUUGACUCCUCGCAGUCAUCGUCGCGGGAAGAAUUAUCUGCUAAAACACCUAAGCGAGGAAAAUCGAUAGCAACGGGUGUACGAGCUGCUUCUCCGGAUAAAUCAACUGACAACUUGAAUGAACCGAUUUCUCGAUCCGGACGAAAAAUCAAGCCAAAAAAAUUUUUCGGCGAAUUCGAAGAAGAGGAACCAGUGUCUAUUGUUGCGAAACCAGCAUCACCGGUUAAGUCAGUCUCCAAAGUGUUACCUUUGGCGAAAUCGGAUUCUUCGCAUAAGCAGAAGGUUUUGUCACCAGUCAAAAGGCUCUCAUUACCAGUACAGGAACAAACUAAAACAGAUGCAUCUCCGCCGAAGAAGAUGAAGCUCGAUCUACCAGCGAAAGUUUCUCCAAAAGUGAGCAAGAUUUCUCCGAAUACAGAAGAACGGCAGAUUACUAUUCGGGGUUCUAACGAUCAUCAUCAUGCUAUGAACAAGGAUUCAGAUAAGGACCCACUGGACGACAGUUCUAAGCAAAAGUCGAUCACCGUACCCAGUAAUUCGGUUUCGUUAAGUAAACUCACGCUAGAGAGCAGCAAGAAUCCGAACAGUACUUCGGAGGAGAUCUCUCCAAAAAAGGAAAGCGAAUCCGACCAGAAAUCUAAACGAGGUCGCAAGACUUUGGCAGUAACUGAGUCUCAAACGCCAUCUACGAAAGCCCCAAAAACACCGUCACGUAGGAUGACUACCGCUGCUGUCCCCGUUGCUUCAAUUUCCACCGAGGAAGCACCAAUCAAUAGUCGUUCGGGUAGAAAGAUCAAACCGAAAAAGUUUUUUGGUGAAGACGAAACAUCUGUAAGUGCUUCGGCUUCCAAAACCAAAUCAGCAGUCAAACCAGAAGGUGGACGUGGCCGCCGAAAGACACUAGCGGCUGAUUUCGGCAGCGACUCGCAGGAAAAAACAAACGAAGAUCAAGAAGCUAAUCUGAUCAAUCCGAAAAAGGACGAAGCAAAGAUGGAAAAGCUGUCCUCCAGUGAGGAAAAUGCAGAGGCCCCGGGUCCGGGCUCAGAGUCGGCGAUUGCAAGUGACACGCAAGUUGAGGAGAAAUCGGCAGCGAUUUCCGAGGAUGGACAAAAUCAACCACAACAACAACAGCAGCAACCGAGCGGAAGCCACUCGUUGCCAUCCAUCGGUGACGACGAGCAAGAACAGUUGGACCGAGAGGAUAUAUUCGAUAGCGUCGAAGCUGCUCUGGAGGAAAAUUUUCAGGAUACCCGAAUCGAACAAACAUCGCCGGCACCGCAACAGAAGACGAAAGUCCCACCAAACGAUCCUGCGCCGUUAGCUGAGCACGAUCUUGUACCUCAGUUGGCCGAUUCUAGCUGCCCUACCGUUGAGUUGGAUGCGGAACCACCAAACGAAGUACUGGCAGCUGAUGAAGAGCUGGGAGUUACCCCAGAGGAUUUUUUAGCGGUUACGCAGCCUCAUGGGGACAAUGAAGGAGACCACUUGGCUGCUGAUCCGCAGGAAAACGUUGAAACUGUAAAAGAAAAUAUCCCGUAUGUAGAACAGCAGAUGCCUGAGCAAUUAAUUGAGACGAAGUCGGAUGGGGGUAAACCACAAGAAGAUCUAGCUACGCUCAGUACUGAAAUUACCGUAGAUGAAUUAGUUCACAACGCUCCUACUGUUACCCAAAAUCCAGAAAUGUCGGCAAGUAGCAGCUUUUCUGAAGCGCUAAAAGUUGAUGAAGACUUAAUGGAAAAUGUCCAUAACAGUAGAGAUGAACAUUUCGAAUGCUUGGAAUUUCUGGAAAGCUCUACCGAAGGAGCAGCAGUAAUGUUGGAAACAGAACAGUUGAUUAGUCAAGUUCCCAUGUCUAGUAAUGGCUCGUUUAACACAACACAUGUCAUCGAUAAUGAUUUAGACGACGUAGCUUUGUAUGAUCAAUCAAUCAAAGAACCAACUGAUAAUCCUGAAAAAACUCCAGCAGAAUCUGCAAACACAUCAGUUACACCUGAGAUAGAAGAUGAUCUGACGGAAACUAAACCUCCAGAUAUGACCGACAUCGAUCUCGAUGAUGAGGAAAAUGCCGCCGAACCCGCCAAUUGCACCUUCACGGAGAACGACCGUGACAAUGAGUCGAUUAUAGUGAUUCCAGAAACACCGAUGGUUGCGAAGUUGGAAUCAUCUCCGCUGCCAGCAUCGCCCAAAACUCCGAAAUCCAAGAUUGCCAUGAGCGAGGAAAAAUUUUCACCUGACAAACCAGACGAUCAACAUCAACCCAGCGUCCCGCAAGUGAUCGAAAUAUUUGACAGUCCGAUUCCUACAGCUCUCAGCACGCAAACCGUCGAGGCAAUUGCUGGAGGUAGCACCACCAGCACCCCAAAUGCUACGGAAAUGCCACCAAAACUGACUGCUGCGGAGUGCAUUAUUCAGAACAGUCGUAAACGGUCCCUGUCCGCCAGUGAUGCUGAAAUAUCCAAAAAGAAUGUGACAUUCCACAGCCCGGCCAACAGUACCAUUCUGGUAGAUGCCAUCGACGAGCGGUUGAAGAAAAGUGUCAACACCGCGGGCAGCAAUCAACGCAAACGUUCACUGUCAGAGCAUAGAGACGUGGCGGCCAGUGAUGGUGUGAAACCGGCGAAGGUAACAAAACUGCCCAACUUUAAAUCAAUCCAUCAGCAACAGUUUAAACGCAUGGAGUCAAUCGAAGAGUUCCACAAUAGAAAGGUUCAGCGCGCGAAGGUCUUGGCUAGCAGCGGUAGUAAAAGCCCAGCGGCAGCUGCGCUGGCAAAAACAGAUGCAAACACGCCGCACAAAUCGACAGCAGUACCUAGCAAGUCGCCAUUCAAAGCCGGAAAUGGGACCACCUCAACUGGAUCGAAAUCGUUUCUCGCACGGCCGAAGAUCGGUAGUAUGAAACCGCUCUCCGACACCGCCCGGGUAGAGAAAAGGCAACAGCAAUUUCAGGCGGCAUUUAAGCCAAAAGUGAUUGGCAGCGGUCCCUCAGGUGGCAGCUCGAAAAGCAGCAACGACACCCCCGAUGGAACGCGCCGUGUCAUCGAGCAAAGCCGACACAAGCAAAGUCAGAUCCUGAAAGGUGUCCGAACCAACAAACGGUUUGAGCUUCUGAUGAAAUUCCGUGACACGCAGGAAUAGGCGUGCUGCUGUCAACCAGAAGCAAAUCGGGACUCGGUUCAACAAGAAUACGACUAACGUUGAUUGUUUUCAUAUUACACAAUGUUUCCCAGUUUACUGUUAAGUGACUCUUCAUUCUAGUGUAGUAGUAUAUUUUUAACAUUUUGAUUACUUUCGCCGUUUAAAGGGACAUUUAUUAACAUGCUUUAUUAAUCAUAUAUAAACAUUCAUGAACAUGUGCGGGCAUGAACGGAUCAUGAUGAUGCAUCGCAUUGCAAUUGAUCGAAUCUGUUGUCUGGAGUGCCAAUCAAGUAAGAAGGCAGGAAGAAUUCCAACAGCAGGAUUUUAGGAAGAGAAAAACAUUGAUUGUUGUUAGACGGUAGGAAUAAUUUUGACGGUUGGUAGGCCGUGAAUCUGUAAAGAAAUGAUAAACAUCUACAAUAUGAAUGCAUUCUAUCAAUAAAUGAAAUACUGAAGAUCA